CAUCGCAAUAGUAGGACUUUAUGUUUGUUGUCAGGUGCCUAUAAUCCACAGGCCUUUUAUUAGCAAAGCCUCGUGACAUUAGAGGCAGAGCGAUAUCAGACACAUAUAUGUGUGUGUUCAGUAAAGGCUCCUCAAUCCGCUGCUCAACAACUGCACUCAUGAGAACUGCGGGCUUCGCGUGGAGGGCAGAAGGCUCUUGGGUCGAACUGGAGCUAAAUGGAAACACAAGAGUCCAAGGUGCCCAUUCCAACCAGUCUGCAGACCAGGCAAACGCAAACGCCGCCGUAAGCCAAACCUUGGAAGUGGUGCCGGAGGGUGAUGAGAGUCUGAUGGGAGGACUGGAGCACGUGCCUUCGUCUUCCUCAAUCCACAAUGGGGACAUGGAGAAGAUCCUCCUGGAUGCACAACACGAGUCCAGUCCAAGUGGAUCCUCGUGUAAUAGUCCCCACAGACCCCAGAGCCCUGAUCAGGAUGAGGGUCAGAUCACAUUUGAUGUUGACAUGUCAAGCACAAGAGGUAGUCAGUCUGAGGAUGAUUCUCUGGAGAAAGAGAGAGAAGAUGACAUUCUUAUGAGCAAAGAGGUCGACUGGGUUGCAGACUGGUCAAGCAGACCUGAAAACAUUCCACCAAAGGAGUUCCACUUUAGACACCCCCGACGCUCAGUGUCCCUCAGCAUGAGAAAGAGCGGAGUCAUGAAGAAAGGAGGCGUCUUCUCCUCUGAUUUCCUAAAAGUCUUCAUUCCUUCUUUACUCAUCUCACACAUCCUUGUUCUUGGCAUUGGAGUGUACAUUGGGAAAAGAAUUGCCACAGCCUCGACCAGCUCAUUCUGAGAAGGAAACAUAGCAGUGCCUGGAUGCCCCUCCCUCGACUAAAUGUUCACCAGCCCUCUUCAGUAGUCAAGAUGUUCCUCCUGUAACGCACAACAUUGUGUCACAUUGUAAAUUGAUGUGUAUCAUACACACGUUGUAAUGUGGUUGCACUCCUUUACAACGGCAUCGUCGACCAUCUGAAGUCCAGUAGAUAGCAUGUGUGUGAUCCUCGUCAUCUAUAGGAUUUAAUAACCCAUGGCUCACAGCUUUAGACAACAAACCCAGCUUUCCAUGAAUCUGUCUUUUAAACUAGUUGAUGAGACUUUUUCACCUUCUACGCCUUCCUUUUAGAGAGUGAACUCCAUAAGUGCACAGAGGGAGACACGAAAAGCUAAACAGGGAGACUGUUUGAACUUGCACACUUUAUUCAGAUUGUUUAAAAUGAGGAAACCGCUCCAAGUUUCUUUCGAAAGCUUUAUUUGUUAAACAUAUAUGUAUCCUCACCAUUAAUAGCUCACUUAUGUUCCAAUGACUUAAUAUAUCAUCAAAGAUGACCAGAUGACACAGUGUCAUAUUUGAGCACACAAUAUAACAGUAGAGCGAAGUAAGCGUGCCAAAUACCUGCCACUGCUGACUGGCUUGUCUUUGACUUCAUAUAAUGUUGAAUCGUAUAGAAUUAAUAGAGGUGAACUGCAAUUUUAAGCUGUGAUGUUUAUGAUGUAAAACCUUCUGCCAAUGUAUAUGUCAACGUAUAUAUAAAUAUAUACACACACAGUUCAUUGCUCUGCAAUAUUGUCAAUAACUUCAAACAUGUUAACAUACUGGAACCAUAGCUGUAGUUAUAAAUAUGACUGAAAUAUUCCCUAUUCACAAUUUGAAGCUUGCUUACAUAAUGUAGAUCUAUACGUAUGGCGAAGAGUUGUUUUAUCUGGACUGAGCUUGAUUCAAUGCACAUAUCGAGAUAACAUGCAUUUUAAUAGUUAGCAACAAUGUUGUUGUGCCCUAUGGUCCUUAAUGCUGUGCAAGAUCAAUACUUGAGCUAAGAAGUUGGACCGAGAACUUCUGAAUUAUAAGGAUGUGAUAUUGCUGCAUGUCUAUAUGGAUCUUCAUAUAAGAUUGAUCACAUCUAUUUUAUUUUUAUGAGAAUGAUUCACAUCUCAUAAUCAAUAAUGUGUGUGAUAACGAUUUUGUCUGCAUAAUUUUGAAUAAACCUGAAAACAUUUCUGUCACAUCAA